AUGUCCGAACCCAUCGCCUUCAACUACUACCGGAAAGCCCAAUCAAACUUCAAGCCCCCGCUCAUCGCCAACGAAAACGCCUACCUGGGUGACGUCUUUACCAGCGAAAAGAACGACCCCGAAAAGCCCGUCUCCUGCGGCUUCUACCGUCUCGAGAAGGGCACGCCGCUCGUCUACACCUACACCUACCACGAGAUGAAGAUUAUCCUGGAGGGGGAAUUCGAUAUCGAGGAUGAGACGGGCCAGAAAGUGAGAGCCACUCGGGGGGACGUCUUCUACUUUCCCGCUGGCGCGAAGAUCACAUUCACAACGGAGAGCUAUGGGUUGGCUUUCUAUACUGGGCAGAGGAAGGAGGGGGGCGCGUAG